UGGAGGAAUUUAUUUUUAAUCCAUUGCACAUCUUCUGUCUUGUGCAUCCUCUGCACAGCCUGCAAGGAAGUGAACUCGAAAUUGUGACAGAUGUGAAAGAAAUGAAAUCAUAUGUCUUUUUAAAUGAUGACAGAGAAAAGUUGCAUGGGGGUAUCCUGUAGGAGGAGUUCUUUGUGACCAAACAAGUAUCGGAUUUUCCCUUAUAAAAAAGGAAAUUGAGUCCCGACCGCUCAAUGAACAGCAUUAUUCGGAGCCCCCGCUGUACAGGUCCUGUUACAAGCAGAUGUGGAUUCACACAUAGUCGAGAACCUGCUUCCACCUUCUUUCAAUUGUCGAGCUCAGAUUUUAGUGCCUCCUUUAGAGCAUCUUUAUUUAGACACAUGCUUUUGAGUUCAGGCACUUACUGACAGAAACCCUCCUCAAACAACGGGUUCCCUGCUUCCUUGCCGGCCCACUCCAAGUUUCAUGGGUUGAACCACCAGAAGUUCGACAAUCUCCUCUCCACUUUCUUCAUCCUCCGCACAACCCCUCAACCUUCCCCCGACCCCCCACGCCUUCACCCUACAACCCCGCGCUGUCUACUCCCUUUGGCAGUACUACUACCAGCGUGAUGGCUUGUUGUGCCCCGGGCUCGUUUAGACUUGCAUCCGCAGCAUCAUCCUCCACGACGCAGACUUGCAGACGCAGCAGCCACUAGAGUGAACGACACAGAGAGAAAGGGGAGGAAAGGGAGAGACAGACAGAAAGAGAGCGUUACCGCAGGAGAGAGGAGGGAUCAACUGUCCCGGCAACAGAGUGAUCCACCUGUCCCACAGAGGAAGGGGGGCCCCCCCACCUGAUCCAUCUGGUCGCAGGGGGGGACCCUGCGAGGCCGGGAAGGCAACAGGGACUAUGCAGCUGGGACUGGUGGCGCUGGCAAUGGUCUUCCUCAGCUCCAUGGGUCACAGCGAUGCUCUCAAGCUCUCCAAGGCGAGAAGGCAGAGACGGGUUAGUACUGAGGGGCCUCCAUCUUGCCCCAAAGGCUGUGAACGAUGCUCAGAGUACAACGGCUGUAUUAAAUGUAGGCCCAAGCUCUUCAUCUUCCUGGAGCGCAAUGACAUCCGACAGAUAGGCGUGUGCCUGGCCUCCUGUCCAAUGGGAUACUUUGGCAUGAGGAACCCAGAAGGCAACAACAGAUGCACCCAAUGUAAAAUAGACAAUUGUGAAGCGUGUUUCAAUCGCAAUUUUUGCACAAAAUGUAAGGAGGGCUUGUAUUCACACAGUGGGCGAUGUUAUGUCAGCUGCCCUCCUGGCCAGCGCACCGCCAAUGAGACCAUGGAGUGUGUCGGCCAGCGUCCUGCAGAGUGCGAACUGGGAGAGUGGAGCCAAUGGGGUUCCUGUAUGAAGAAGAACAAAACAUGUGGAUUUAAGAAAAGCUCGCAGUCUCGGGUCCGCGUGCCCCUUCUGCAGGUCCACAGCCCAGACCCCUCCCCGGCCUUUGUACCCUCACAGACCUGUGCCCCACAGACAGAGAGGAGGAGAUGCGUUGUGACCAAAACGCCCUGCGUGAGAGAGAGGAAGAGCAAGGGAGACAGACAAGAUGACACAAACAGGAGAGAGAGGGAGAACGCACGUGGACGUGGACGGGAAGGAAAAGGUGGCAGUAGAGGAGGAGGAGGAGGAGGAGGAGGAGGAGGAGGAGGAGGAGGAGGGGGAGGAGGAGGAGGCAAGAGGAGAAAAGGCCAGAGCAGGACCACAACUGCUCCCAGCAUCACAACCAGCUCCGUCAGCUAAACUCCAUCGCCUGCUGGAUGGGGCUGAGAGAAAAACAGAGACAAUGCCUCACCCAGCAGCACCAGCCAUAGACAGUUCAAAGUGACGAAGGAACACAUUAAUGCUGCUAUGCAUUGUAGAAGAUGCAAAGAGAACUGGAGGAUUGCUGCAACACAAAAGGCUUCUCUGAGCGUUUUGAAUAGAUGAACAUUUCUGGAAGAUACUGGUGUCUUUGUGGCGUUCAGAAAGACUUGUUGGGUUUCUUUCGACCGUGAGGGAUCACUGUUGGACCGCAUGUCUAAGCAGCAAAGCCAUGUCGAAGAUUGUGGUUGGUGAACCGAUGUAGCUUCUUGAACUAAGAACAGAUUCCUGUGUUUCAAAUGCAGCAUUCAAGCUGGAAGUCUGAUAAUAAAAUGAAGGUUAUCUUCCCUCCCCUCUGAUCUAUGAUGUAUUUUGUUCCAUUCCGAUUUUUAAUCACAAUCUGUUCUUCAUUUGUUUUCAUGUUUUUGAGACGUGGCGGCAGAUGGACUUUCCCAAAUGCCGCUGUGCGUGAUGUAAAGACAAUGAACGGUAUUAAGUCUUUGUCCCUUCAUUGCCUGUUGUGAGAUGGAACAAAAAAAAAGAAAGGCACUGGAAAUCAUUUGUGGUUGUUGAGGACAGAAGGUGUUCUUUACAGUAUAUUAUUUUGAGGAGGGAAUCUAUUACAAAACAAGCCUAAGAGAAGAUGCAGGAGAAUUACUGGCUCAUAUCUUGACUCAAACUUUUGCCUUUUGAUAGCUUAGUUGUUUGUUCCCAAUUAAAUGUUCGUGUUUGUAUCAGAAAAUAACUGCACAGAAAACGAGGAAUAAAAAACAUGAGUAUUUGCAUGUGUACAAGGUUGCAUGUGCGUGCCUUUGUGCAUGCAAACGUGUGUGUGUGUGUGUGUGUCUGUGCGUGUGCGUGUGUGUUUGUCUCUACCUAAAGUUUGUGUACUUUGUAUGCAUUUCUGCACGGAAUCAAGUUGUUUGUCAAUGGAACUUAGUGGUUUGUAAAUGUGUGUUUACAUUUGCACAUGUGUGUUAAUAUUGGACUCGUAGGAAUUGAAGGAAUAGGUUCUGGAAAACAAGAGGAAGUAAAUGUAAAUGCACAGUGAUAUAUCGAAUAUGCAGUAACUACAAGCCACUGAUUAUCAUAUAAAGCCAUCAAAUCAUCAGCUGCUCAGUAAUCAUGUCUGUUUGCAACAGGGUCUGAAGAUUUUGCACAACUAUAA